AUGUAUCAUCUUAAUUCAUCAACUAAUUAAGAAAUAUCUCUUAAAUCAAUAUUUAAGGAGUCCUCAACUUUUACUUAAGAAAUGAUAGAGAAAACUUUGAUGAGAAACGAUUCAAAUUAUGUAUUGUACCAAGAUGUUUUACUUUUAAUGCGUAAACUUUCUGAGGAGUUUAGAGAAAUUUUGAUAAUUAAAGAGAUUGGUAAAACACAUGAAAAUAGACCGAUACAAAUGAUUGAAAUUACUUUAAAAAACAGCAGUUAAAACUCUAUGUUGAUAACUGGCGCUCAUCAUUCAAGAGAGUUAUCUUCUAUUUAAUUACCAUUAUUAACAGCACUUUAGCUGUGUCAUGGAUACUAUCAUAAGGAUUAGGAAACGAUAAAUUUUCUAUAGAAUCACAAAAUGCUACUCAUCCCGAUAAUUAAUGUUGAUGGAUUCAAUUACAUAUCAGAAAAGUUCACCUAAUUUGGUAAGUACCCUCUGAAAAGAAAAAAUAUGAAUUCUGACUAUGAAAAUGGAACAGAGUGUGACACCUCAUAAAAGUAUUUUAAGUACUAUCUUACAGGUGGCUUAGUCACAGAGUUUGAUGAUGUGAUGAGCGGGGUUGAUUUGAAUAGAAACUAUGACUGGGAUUUCGGAAACGGUGGUGGCUCUAGCAAUGAUCCCUGUAAUGAAUAAUAUAGAGGUCCUUAUCCUUUUUCUGAGAGUGAGACACGUGCUAUCAGAGAUCUAGUAGAAUAGAGAUAAAAUGACUUGAAAGUUAUUUACAAUAUACACACCUAUGGAAAUUUAUUAGUUCACCCUUUUAGCCAUUAAAAGAAUAAUAUUCUAGCAGAAAAAUUCCCUCACCAUGCUAAGAUUUAUGAGGAAAUCUGGGAUGAAGGUCCUUUUCCUAAAGGAAAUGAAAGAGGUAAUGCCUAAUAAGUUGUUGGUUAUGAGGCAGAUGGUGAAGCGUGUGAUUGGAUUUUUUCAAAAUACUAAAUUAUCUGUGCAAGUCCAGAGCUAGGCCUCUAAACAUAUCUCGCUAAUGACUUUAUUCUUUCCAAUCGAGAGGUAGUAAAACAAAUUAUAGGAUAAAACUUCAAAUGGAUAAAAUACACCAUGAGAAAGAUUGGACCAUAACUUAAAUUAUCAAUAGUGAAAGCAACUAAAGCUCUAUUAAGCGAUGAAAUUAAUAUAGUAUUAAGAAUAGAUAAUACAGGUUUGGGAGAUUUUAAGCUUACUCAUGAAUAAAAGUUUGAUAGGAGAUAUCAUAUUUAGUUUGAAACUAACUAUCUAACCCACAUUUAGAUUCUAAAUGGUGAGGCAACCUCGAGAUAUUUAGGAGCAGAUUAAUCCUAAAUAAUGACAUUUACACCUCACCAAGAUAUCCCAAGCAGAGGAUUCACAACUGUCACAAUUCAGGGUAGAUUGAAUGAAAAUUAUUACACAAAAUUAUCUAAGUCUUAAAAGUCAGCUGAACUUGAUGACUAGUAUGUAACAAUUGAAUAUAAAAAGUAUCCAUUGCUUUAAAUAGAGCCAUAAACACUAGAAAUCCCACUAAACAAGAUUCUUAAGUACAAUACUAUUUCAUUAUCAGUGAGUGAAAUAUUUAAUGAACUAUUGCCUUAAAACUCAUAUAGAGCUUGGCUAAGUAUUAAUUUAGUGCUCAUAACAAUAUGUAUAAUUGCUAUUGUUGGCUUUUGUUUAUUCAAAAUGAAGAAAACCCUUUGGGAAAAAUACUUGAUAAACAAUCAAGUUAGAUUAAAUUCUCAAAGGUUUUUGGAUUUAAAAUAAAAUUUGAUCAUCUAAGAACCCUAUUUAAACGAUGCCAUGUCAAGAACAGAUUUUAUACUUGUUUGA